ACCGAAGUGCUUAGUUACUAUGAUCUCUAUCAUAUCUCAUUUGUCAUCACGCACUAUAAAUCCUUCAACCAACAGCCAUUUCUUCUAUUGGCAGAAAAAAAGCAUGCUUUCGUCCCUCCUUAAAAUACUAUAACUUCUUUAAUAUCACCAAACUCUUGCACCCUCAACCAUUCUCACAACAUUAACUCUUCAAAAACAAAAAUGUCAUCAACAUGUAAAUUACAAGACAACAACCUUAGCUCAAACCAUAAAACUAACAAACCACUUUCACCUCCUCCAUUGUUACAAACUAAAAAAUGCGAAUGGAAUCCGGUGAAGACUAUGUUAUCAGAGGAGCUAAGAGUUCAAGGAAGAUUAGCACUUCCAAUGGUUGUAAUGAACUUAGCUUGGUUUGCCAAAACAGCUAUCACAACAGCAUUUUUGGGUCGGCUUGGGGAGCUUAGCUUAGCUGGUGGCGCACUCGGCUUCACUUUUUCUAAUGUUACCGGCUUCUCUGUCUUGAAUGGUCUUUGUGGUGCCAUGGAACCUAUUUGUGGACAAGCUCAUGGUGCUAAAAACGUGAAGCUUCUUCAUAAGACACUUCUCAUGACAAUACUUUUGUUGUUAUUGGUAACAAUUCCUAUUACUUUCAUGUGGCUUCAUAUUGAUAAAAUUUUGAUUCAUUUUGGACAACAACAAGACAUUUCAACUGUGGCUGGAACCUAUGUUUAUUAUCUCAUACCUGAUUUGUUUGUUAUCUCACUUUUGUGUCCCUUAAAAGCUUACUUGAGCUCUCAAAGCAUCACUCUUCCUACCAUGUUUAGUUCUGGUGUAGCACUUGCUUUUCAUGUUCCUGUUAAUAUAAUACUCUCAAAAACCAUGGGUCUAAGAGGGGUUUCCAUGGCUGUUUGGAUAACUGAUCUUAUUGUUGUGGUUCUUCUGGCCAUUUAUGUUGUCACUUUGGAGAAUCAAAAGGUAACGGCGUGGAAGGAAGGAGGGUGGUGGGAUCAGAGUGUUAUGGAUUGGAUUAGGCUAAUCAAGCUUUGUGGAACUUGUUGUCUCAACACAUGUAUGGAGUGGUGGUGCUAUGAGAUUCUAGUCUUGCUUACUGGCCACUUGACAAACGCUAAGCAAGCGCUAGGAGUUUUAGCGAUUGUGUUAAACUUCGAUUAUUUGCUUUUCUCAGUGAUGUUGUCGUUGGCCACUUGUGUUUCCACCCGUGUCUCUAAUGAGCUUGGUGCCAACGAACCUGGCCGUGCUUACCGGUCAGCGUGUGUGUCUCUAGCGUUGGGUUUUAUCGCAGGUUGCACUGGCAGCUUGGUGAUGGUGGCUGCAAGGGGAAUUUGGGGGCAACUUUUCAGCCAUGAUAGAGGAAUUGUAAAUGGAGUAAAAAAGACAAUGUUGUUGAUGGCUCUAGUGGAAUUGUUUAAUUUUCCAUUGGCAGUUUGUGGAGGGAUAGUUCGAGGGACGGCUAGACCCUGGUUGGGUAUGUAUGCCAAUUUGGGUGGAUUUUAUUUCCUGGCACUGCCCCUUGGUGUUGUUUUUGCCUUCAAACUUCGUCUUGGCCUAGUUGGACUCUUCUUUGGACUUUUAACUGGUAUUGUUGCUUGCUUGUCACUAUUAUUAGUAUUUAUUGCUAGGAUAAAGUGGGUGGAAGAAGCUGCCAAGGCACAAAGACUAGCCAGUAACGACCAAGUUAAAGGAGUUCCCUAUAAUGAUGCAGAAAUACAUGGUGAGGCUCGUGAAAAUAACAAAGUAUAAAAAGUGUGUUCAAAUUAUCUCUAUCUACUCAUUCAUGCGUGUAGGUGUAUCCAAACACUUGGCCAAGACAAAUAAGACGUCUCAAACCAUGCAUAACAAUUCCAGACAGAAAAUCAUACUCCGCAACGGUUGAGUUGCUUGUCAAACUCAUUGAGUGUUUCCGUGCACGGUUUAUUCUUGAAUAUCACUAAAAGGCAACCCUGCCAUGCCAGCCCAAAUGGGUUCUUUAUCAUUUUACAUCACUACCUAAUGCUUUUGCUUUUGCCAGUUUAUUUCUUUCUUCUAGUUUUCCUUCUUUUUUUCCUUUUUUUUGGGGGGGUUUGAGGGAGGGGUUGAAGGGGGAAGGGUCAUUUUACAUUUGAAAAUAUGAAUUCUGUAUUCAAAAUCAAUGGCAGAACAGCCUGUUGGUCUAUCUAUUGUACAAUCAA